AUGAAGGAUUACUCCUUCCUGAAGCCAGCGAGUCUUUGCGAGACGGCAGGCCGCUUUCUGGGCUUGGGUCUCAUGCUGUCGGAAGGCGAUGCGCACAAGAUGCAGAGGCGAAGUAUAAUUCAUGCAUUUGCUCCACGCCACAUCAAGGCGCUAUAUCCACUCUUCUGGCAUAAGACCCGAGAGAUGGUUGAGGCGAUCACCGCAGAUGAGGCCGAAAUGGAAGAUUGCGGAGAAGAGAUUGGACGGCCUGGAUACAAUGACCUCGACGGUUCGGACUGGACUGUUGAUGAUGGGCUUAUCGAGCAGGCUAUGACCCUGCUCGCUGCUGGUCACGACACCACAGCAUCGGUAUUCACGUGGGGUGUCUCCCUGCUCGCUAAAAUGGCGACGUAUAGGAACGUCUACGGCAAGAAUGAUGACAUAGCCUCACUGUCAUAUCUACGAGCCGUCUGCGGCGAAGUGCUUAGAUUCUAUGCCCCGGUGCCGCAGAGUCUGCAUGAAGCAGCCCAGGAUACCACCAUUGCCGGCCAGCUUAUCCCCGGAGGCACACGCAUUGUCAUCGCGCCGUGGGCGAUAGACCGUGACCCUCAUCUCUGGGGGUUGGAUGCGGACACUUUCAACCCAGUAAGGUGGCUAGAUGAGCAGAACUACCACGAACAAGAAGAGGGGAACUGGCAUGUUUGCUGGGUCGGAAGUUUCAAGUUCGAGAUGCAAGACGACACACUGAUCGACGAUGUUAACUUGGAUAUGAAGGGUGGAGUAACAGCCUGGCAGGCGGAUGGGCUGGCUAUUCAGGCGAAGAAGUUGCCGGGCUGUGUUGAACAAACAUGCACACUGCCCGAUCGUCCUAACCCCGACUGCGCUUAUUCUUUCGUAGCUCCGUCUCGACAGAUGUGCGGUCGGCGAACCUCUCCGGAGGCCCAGGCAGAGAGCGUCUUUGGGGAGCUUGGCCACGGCGUCGUUAAUGAUGUCGGCUGGGAUGAUAUCUGGGUCAAUUACUGUGAGGCUCUCGAAGAUGCUAGGGGCAUGAACAGUUGCGAGGAUGGCGGCCUAGGCGCCGAGGCUGUGGGCAACGACAUGAAGGUGAUGUCGAGUAGGCUGCCGUGGUUGUCCUGGGGAGAGCGGGUACCAUCGCCAAGACCACACGCGCCGCCCCAGCGCAACACCGCCGAUGAGCAACACAAUCUUCCGAAUCUUCAAGCCCAACGAACCUAUCGCGACCGCAAAGACAAGUACUCGAAGGCGCUGGAGACUGAGCUUAGCCACUGCCGAGCACGCGAGGCAAAGCUCGUUGAUCAAAACCGACGGCUGGAAGCAACUGUGCAAGAACUAAUGAGCCUUUUGUCAGCCCACGGAAUCGCCGCUGCUCCACUCAUGCUAGGCGAUGCCGGCAUGAGUGAAGAGUCAUCAGAGGCUCGUGCAAGACGCGACAUCUCCUCCGCAUCACCAGCUGUUGCCUCCCUCUUCGACCCUGUAUCACCGGGGCGCGCCAAGCGCGAGAAUGCAAACAUCUCAUCGCUGUCGUCAACUGGUUGGAACUCCGCCAAUAGCAGGCCAGACACUGCUGUGAACAAAAACCUUCAGAAGGAACUUCCCUCCCCUCCCCCGGACCAGACGCAAGGCGCGCUGGGCCCUUCAACAUCCCAGCUUGGCCUGCUCAACCAAGUGACGGUCGGGAUGGAAUUUGUUCUGGAACUCGAGAAACCGUGUCUGGCCCACAUAGCUGGAGAUCCGUCCAAGGUCGACAGCCCGGCAGGCCACGCCCUGACUGCAUCCGCCCAGCUGUUUUCGCUCGAGUCCCCAACGUGGUGUACUUCAUAUACCCCCCACAAGCCAGUCUAUCACGAUCACCCAACUGCGCUACUGGAAAACCUCCUCAGUCUGGCUCCAGACGUCUGUCCCGACGGCGAGCUCACGCCGGUCCAGAUCUGGAACAUGGUCCGAGAACAGCCGGAUUUCGCGACUCUUCAAGUCGAAACACUGCAAACCCUGACGGAUACAAUCCGAGAAGCUGUCAAAUGUCAUGGAGAGAGGUGGGCGAGUCUCCUCGGUGACACGCACCGGGCUGUUCUCACUGCUGUCGCCAUUGCCAUCUUGAGACUGGUCCUUAUGCUCACCAUGUGCAAUAACACUGCUGCCACCAUUGUCAACAUCAUGACCGCCGCUGGCAGGACGGCUACGGCACCUGGCCGCCCCUCGCCAGGCGACUGGCCCACUGAAGGCCGCAGUGUGGUAUCCGCAACCAUUCCGGAUGGGUGCUAA